AUGUCGUCCGACUUCUGGGCGGGAUAUAUCAGCGGUGCCCUUGGCAUUGUCAUUGGCAAUCCGCUCGAUGUGAUCAAGGUCCGACUGCAGGCCGGCAAUGUAGAUGGCUCAUCUUCUCAGUCACAGUUAACCCGUUUUGAGAAAGCCAGCUCUCUUGUUCGGGGUGCUGCUGCCCCGAUCCUUGGCUAUGGAGCUCUCAAUGCUCUUCUCUUCGUGGCCUACAACAGGUCCUUGGUUGCAAUGGAUAGCUCAGUGACCGACCCCACCAAUCCAGUAGGUGUCCCAUUAUACAAAAUAUGGAUUGCCGGCGCCGUGGGUGGCCUGGCCAGCUGGACUGUCUCGUCUCCAACCGAGUUCAUCAAGUGCCGAGCGCAGUUGGACUCUCGCCCAGAGGUAUCUUCAUGGAAGGUCGCCAAGGAUAUUUACCGCACGCGUGGCUGGAGGGGGCUUUACUAUGCUGGUGGCAUUACUAGUGCGAGAGACUCAAUUGGUUACGGAUUCUACUUUUGGUCUUACGAACUUUGCAAGCGGCUCAUGACAUCCGAAGAUGACGGCACACAUCAGGCCGCUUUGAAGGUUCUUCUCUGUGGAGGCAUUGCAGGUGUUGUCACUUGGGGUUCAGUGUUUCCUUUGGAUAUGGUCAAGACUCGUCUGCAGGCACAGACGAUCAACCACUCCCCCACGGGAACAGCCACUGAAGGGCAAUCUCUGCUGCAAUCACAGCACCGGACAAUGAGUACGAUGCAGAUUGCCCGGGAAACUUACCGCACGGAAGGUGUGGCUGCUUUUUAUCGCGGUCUGGGAGUUUGCAGUAUUAGAGCGUUUAUCGUGAAUGCCGUCCAGGUUGGUCUUUAG